CGAUCAUUCCAUUGGCUAAAUUGCUUGGGUUCGCCACUGAAGAAAUAGCAUACACUGUCGGUGAGGCUGUGGGAGGCCUGUUGAAUGCAACAUUUGGCAAUGCAGUAGAGUUAAUAAUAGCUAUAGUAGCAUUGGCGAAGGGUCAAAUUCGCGUUGUCCAAGCAUCAGUGCUAG